CCUCAUGUCUUCAUCUGAGCUGCUGGGUGUGUUGUGUGUCUCAUCUGAUCACUGAAGCCUGGAUAUAAGGCUUCCGAUUUUCACACGCAAUUAUGCUUUAUUGUGUCUCUGCUGCGUUUAUUUUCGCUGGUGUGUUUGGUGUGUCAGCGAUAGAGGUGUUCACUCCAGCCGAGGUGUUUGUGGAGAACGGGACCACAGUCACUCUGUCCUGCAGCUUCAAGUCUAGAGAACUGAUCAGCAGUUCUUCAUCAGUGACGUGGUCUUUCCUUCCGGAGGGAGAAGCCGUAGCGUUCACUUCAAUCUUCUAUUACACCGGAGGGAAGCAGUUUCCGGGCUCGGUGCCGCAGUUUGAGUCUCGUGUGGAAUGGGCCGGAGACAUGAACAAGAAUGACGCGUCGAUCCGUGUGAUCCAGAUGCAGUUCAAGGACAACGGGACGUUCAGCUGCGACGUGAAGAACCCUCCAGACAUCUCCGGACAGAUGUCCUUCACUAAAGUCAGGGUGGUCAUGAAAGAGGCUCUUCCUCAGACCAGCGCGGCGGUGAUCGUGGGAGGCGUGAUCGGAGCCGUGAUCGGCAUCAUCAUCAUCGCUGUGGUCACCUACCUGAUCAUCAGACGACAGGAGCACAGUCACGACUACAGAGGCUGCACCUCGUUAGAGAGUGUGAGCUCACAGAACACUCGGGUGGGGAAGAAAGCGGAGUCUAGUAACGACAACUCAUGCUGCUCCAGCCCCUCCGCCCCCGUACAGGGGCCGGUGAUUUACGCCCAGCUCGAUCACUCCGGCAGCAAGAACUCCUUCCACAAGAUGGAGGGGGUGGUGUGGUGUAGGCAUACGUAA